AUGGGCAUUUUGACCUUGAUUCCUUCGAUUUGUGGAUGCUGCCUUUCCUGCGAUGAUGAACGCCGAUUUCGGAGAAGAUAUCGAAAAACUUCUUGCUGGUCGAAUGUUAUUGGUUCUUUCUCGAUUCUGGCAUUCUUGUGGCUCAGUCUUUCGGUCGGAAGCCAUGUCUACUACCUUUCUAUUGUGAAGUGGAUGACGUCUUCCGACCCUUACAUUUUCGCUGUCUACUGUGUUUUAUUUUUGAUGCAGAUGAUUUCUAUCAAUUCCCUGGUCAUCAUUCUGUUUUUUCAAGGAAAUGUUCUUGGCUGUUGCUAUUGUUGUUCUUACAAUCGAAUCGACCUAAAUGAGCCAACAGAGAGAAUUUUUAUUAGAGGAGAUAAACGGAUAAGCAAACAAGUUCGUCUGUAUCUCAAAUUGAAGAUGUCGCCAAAUCCGUUCAAGUCAAUUGGAGAUAAUGCUGGAAAAAUUUUUGGAUUCGGUCAGCAUCGAUAUCGACCGCCUGAUUGCUUCUUCAAUUUAACAGGAGGUGACCCUUGUCAGGAGAGCCUUACAGUAUCAAGUGACUGCGAGGAUGAGACGAUUUCAACUUUGCUAUCGUUCAUCCAGCGCAACGAGACUUCAAUGUCGACCGGAUUUAUCGUCGUGUACUUUUUAAUAUUCAUCGUCGGCCUUUUUGGAAACUUGGUCGUUAUCUUCACCAUUAUUGGGAAUUUUCAAAAGCUCAAUCGCUCCGCUAACCUAUUUAUUCUCAAUCUUACUAUAGCAGAUAUUCUCCUCAUCAUCAGCAUUCCAAAUACCGUAUUCGUCGAACAGUUCAAUAUUCGUACCAAUUAUUUGGACAAAGCAGGGGUCAGUUUAUGUGGCGAAAGAAAAAAUUGCGGAGAAAGCAUAGUUGAGCAUUUGAAAUUCGACGAAUGCGAAAAAUUCCAGUGCGAAAUCGCUGACAGCUUUAAUAUCGAGGCGCCUUCGAGAAUGGAAAGUGCUGAUGUUUUUGGCGAUUAUGACGAUUAUCCAAUUUAUGAUGCGCAAGUUUACAUCGAGGUUUUGCAGGAGAAAAGAGGCUGCUUCUUCUGUGUAAAAGCGUAUAAUGACUAUUUGAUCUGCGUUGCGUCGAUUUGUUUCUUUUUGCCGCUGAUUUUGAUGACCAUUUGCUACAUAUUGAUUUGCACCAAGCUUCAAGAGACGAGUAAAAGGGUGAAGUUUGCUCGAUCGAAAGAAGCACGAAAACGAUUCGAUCUUCGAAAACGAGUGAUUUUGAUGAUCAUCGUCAUUUUGGCGAGAUUGAAAACAAUCGCUGAAUUACUGAUCUUCUUCAACGCUGCUCUCAACCCCUUUAUCUACACAUUCAUGAGUUCACAGUUCAAACAAGAUUUUAUGAACGCUGCCAAAUGCAUGAGCACAAGACUCGACCACACGAGGGAAUCUCUCAACUCCAGGGCCAAGAAUUUUCAGUUCAACAAAUUAUACAAAAUGCGCUUUUCAUCUACCGAAUCAGUUAAUUUUUCAAAUGUUACUUCAAAGCGAAAUUCCCUCCAGUUUUCUCCAGACUUGGCCGUCAUCCCUUCUUCCGAGUCAACCAUUUAG